GCCUUUGUUUGUGCUUGUCAAGAUGGCGGCGGGAAUGUAUCUUGAGCACUAUCUGGACAGCAUAGAAAAUCUGCCGUUCGAACUGCAAAGGAAUUUUCAGCUUAUGCGAGAUCUGGACCAGCGUACUGAAGACCUGAAAGGGCAGAUUGAUUCCUUGGCGAGAGAGUACACUACCAAUGCUCGCACACUGUCCCCGGAACAGAAACUAUCUCUGCUGCGCCAGAUUCAGCAGUCCUAUGGCAAAUGUAAAGAAUUUGGAGAUGAUAAAGUGCAGCUGGCAAUGCAGACCUAUGAGAUGGUGGACAAGCAUAUUCGCCGCCUGGACACAGACCUGGCCCGCUUCGAGGCCGACCUGAAGGAGAAACAGAUUGAGAGCACAGACUACGACUCUACCACCUCCAGCAAAGGAAACAAGAGUGAGAUCCGAGGGCCGAAAGAGAAGAAAGUGGCACGUGGUAGCACCAGGUCGAAGGCGAAGAACUCAGAUGAUGACUCCAGCCCAAGGAGCGCCCAGAAGAAAGUCAAACUCAUGCAGCAGACGACGGAGUUUAGCUCUGUGCCCACAGGGACCUUUGGUAACGUGCACCCCUCAGACGUGCUGGACAUGCCAGUGGACCCCAACGAGCCCACGUACUGCCUGUGCCACCAGGUGUCUUAUGGGGAGAUGAUCGGCUGUGACAACACCGACUGUUCAAUUGAGUGGUUCCACUUUGCUUGUGUGGGACUCACCACCAAACCUCGUGGAAAAUGGUACUGUCCACGGUGUUCACAAGAGAGAAAGAAGAAGUGAGCAAGCGAGUGAGUGGCAUGGAAGUGAAGGAAGAGAUGCGGAUAGAGAAGAAAAUCAGCAAAAUGAUGGGGGAGCAAACUUUUUUGUAUCUCCUCAAGACACACACACACACACACACACACACACACACACACACACACACACACACACACACACACACACACACACACACACUAAGCAUCGAGCUGCUCUCUGCAUUGUUUUGGUGCUUUGUCUCCAUGUUCCUCUGCUCUCUCCGCUCCCGCUAGAGAAGGGCAGACAGAUGUGUAGUUAACGGUUACACGUAGCUUAAUUUAUAUUCCUGGUGUCAGCCAUUUUGUUUUAAGGUUUCAAGGGGAUUCUUUUUCUCUUUUUUUAGAUAUUUACUAUUAUAGAUUUUUUUUUGGGUUGGAUUUGACAGUUUUAUUUUAUUAAUAUUUAGUUUGGUUGAAACUAGACUAAUGAGGGGUGCUAGUGACGUCACAUCCACCGUAUGAAACGGUUUCCAUGGGAUCCUCGGUGUCCUUAUUUUGGAUAUGCGGUUAUUUGGAAUCGGGACACUACUGGACUGCUCUGUGAUGGUGAUCUCCUGUGGGGAGUAGUCCGCACAUAUACUACACAGGUCCCCAAGUCAAACACGUACACACUUUAAAUCGCCGUAUCCAUUAACAUUCAUGUAAUUUUCAAAGAUUAAUAGACGCCACUUUUUAAUGUCACUUAUUCUCAAAUUGAUGAUGGGCAUGUCUAUGGUAUUACGCCUGGAAAAAGUCACAGAAAUUAAAGGCAACCAUUUGAAAUUGAAUGCGUAAAAAAUACAAGAGAAUCGUCUCAGCCGUGACUGGACCAGAAUGGAUGUCCAUUUGAGAGCAGGUGGUCAAAAAACCAUAAAAUGAUGUCUCUAAUUUCUAUUACACUUUGAAAUUGUGGGAUUUAAAAAAAAAAUCACCUGCAAUGGAUGUACAAUGAUCUAACGUGUGUAUAACAUUUUUGGAAGGCCCUGUAUACCACCGCAACCUCUGUAAGUGUAUUUAUGACUUGACUCAACAUGACACAAACAUUGUCCGUCAGACCUCUCAUCCUGCUCUCCCAGCUGGAGUGAAGAAAAGGGUGUUUACAGAAAGGGCCUUGAACAACUCAAGCUUUACAAUUCCUGCUUGUGUAAGCACACAAUGAUAUUCUUUUUAUUAUUAUUAUUUCACAUUUCAUUUUUGUGCUCAAUGUGAGAGACACCACAUCAUCCCAUGCACUAACACGGCAAGCAUUAUAUAUCUAUAGUAUUUAUGAAGUAUAUGUUUCGAAAAGAAGUAUUUCAAAACCCGUUUGCAAGUAAUGAGCGGACAAUGGAUUCUGUGUGCAAACACACAAGAUGAGUGUAGAUUUCAGAUUGUACAACAUAAUUUCCAAAUGUUUUAAUGUUUUCUUAUUAUUUCACCAUUUUGAUGUUUACAAAGAAAGGUCAGUAGCGGACAUAUUUGCAUUCGCUUUAUAACAAGAGGAUAGAUGUCUUAUGCUAAAAUUUCAUAGUCAACAGUAGUCCAUACUUAGCCUGACUCUCGCUAGACCCUUGUGUGUUUCCGCUCUUGUUCGUGAAGCAAGGCUGAAACCACUCAUAUUGGCGACUCGGGUUAGUCCAUACUGACUAAUUCCACUGACCUUAAUUUUUUUUUACCAAGUCAAGCCUCUGUUAUUGAGAAAAAAAGCUUGCCUUUACCUCUUCUCAUGGUAUUCUUUUUUUGGAGGAAGGUGCUCCACACUUCUAAGAAGUUCCCUUUUACAUGACAUGGUGCUUUGAUGGACAACAAACGUGUUGUUGAACUAGCAGAAUCUGCGUGGAAGUGCUUCAUUUUUUCUGUUUAAACUAAUGUGUAAAGAGGACUGUACUGAUGUUAUUGUUUGUUUGUUUUUUGUUUUUUGCUUUUUAUGUCUUCCAUUACAGUAAACUGAACGAUGGAAAUGAA